GUGGCGGAGACCCUUCUGGGUUUGUUGGGCCUCUGACACGCUCCCUUGAGGCUUGGGGUCACCUCAACCCAUCAAUCAUGAUCCCUCAUCAUCAUCCUCGGAUCACUAAUGGAUCACGGAUCGCUUCUGCGCUUUGUCAAGUCACGCCCCAUCCAUGAUCAAGGAUCCGGCUCGGCCGCCGCCGCGAACGGCACUAACGGACGCCCCUCUCCUUCCUCACUCACCUGGGCACUCUCUUCCUUGUCUCUUCCGUCUGCGCCUGUUGUGUGUGAAUCUCGGUUUUUUCCAUCAUCAUCAAACCCCAACGGCCGCCCCAAGCCCACGCGCCAGACACGCUCCUCCUCCAACCCCCCUGCCCACAUCUGGACAUCUGGACAUCCCUGGCCCGCCGCGUCGCCCCCUUGGGCCUUCCACCCUCAUUCAUUCACGCAAAUCGUCAACAUGGACCGUCAGUCCGUGUGCAGCCCAGCAGCCCACUGCGGCCACACGCCUGGCUGGGGCUAGCACCGCAUAGCCUUGUCCGUUUUUGACUUCACUUCAUCACCCUUGGACCUCCCAACAGACAGCAAGCAAGCAAGCAACAAGUGCGCAGACGCAAAUCGUGCGGCCGAGCCUGCCUUCUUUAUUCAUCGUUCCUUCCUUCCUCCUCCUGCCAUCUCCUGCCAUCCCUAGGGUCACGCCUUCCCUUUUCAUCCUCCGUGCAUUCUUUUUGCUGUGCCGACUCCUUCCCCGUAUCUGCUACCCCAUCCCUCGUCG